CCAGGAACAGGCUCGACUACUAGUCUACUGUUACUCCAAGUCUACAAAGACAUCCUCAUGCUUCAGUCUGCGAUUUGUAUCUAGCUCCACUGCUGCUGCUUCUGUAACUAGCGGCUCUUCUCUCUGCUCGCGGCUUCUUCUUGCCAUCCUCUGCCCAAACAACAGGCUCAAAUACGCUGAUUAGCCUCGGGCACCUCAAUUUGAUUUGCCCCCUCUCUGCCAUCUGCUCCCGUAUACAUGGCAGAUUCGGUCACCAUCCCUCAAGAUGACUCCAUCAACGGAAAUGACGCCUUGCACGCUCCUCAGCCGCUCAGUAACGGUACAACCUCACACUUAUCUCCCGAGGUACACAUGACACAGAUGGAGGUAGACCCGAUUCCCAGCGCGUCUGAAGAUCUCUCCCGCAUCUCGUUAGAUCCAGAGACAACAGAAGGCAAGCCAGCGGUGGUCAUAUCACGCGCCAAGGACUUUCGAGACGCGCCGUCUGGGAUAUGCUAUGACGCUCGAAUGCGUUUUCACAGCGUGAUUAAUCCACAGGAUGAUCACCCGGAAGAUCCACGACGCAUCUAUCGCAUCUAUAGAGCCAUUGAAGAAGCAGGUCUCACGCAAUUACAUGCACAAACGGCAGAAGACUCCAAGGUACUCCAACGCAUUCCAUUGCGGGAAGUCAAGAAGGAGGAAGUGCUGCUCGUGCAUGACUUAAAUCACUGGGAGUCGAUGCUCGCUACUGCGAACAUGAGUUUUCAACAACUCAUCAACCUCGGGAGCUUAUCGGAUUCAAUGUACUUCAACAAUGAAACCGCGUACUGCGCACGUCUUGCCUGUGGUGGCGCCAUUGAGACGUGUAAAGCAGUCGCUGAGGGACGCUGCAAGAAUGCUAUUGCCGUCAUUCGACCGCCGGGUCAUCACGCUGAGCCAGAAUUCGCUUCUGGAUUUUGCGUCUUCAACAAUGUCAGUGUUGCUGCAAAAGUAACGCUUCAGCAAUUUCCAGAGACGUGUAAGCGGAUAUUGAUCCUUGAUUGGGAUGUCCAUCAUGGCAACGGUACACAGACUGCGUUUUACAAAGAUCCAAAUGUCCUCUUCAUCUCUAUUCACCGGUAUCAGAAUGGCACUUUCUAUCCCGGUACGCCGUAUGGCGAUUUGGACAAAUGCGGUGCAGGUGAUGGGUUGGGUUACAACAUCAAUAUUCCUUGGUCUCAAAAAGGUAUGGACGACGCAGACUACCUGCAUGCGUUUCAAAAAGUGGUGAUGCCCAUUGCGCGUGAGUUCAAUCCAGACUUGGUCAUCAUCUCAGCUGGCUUUGAUGCAGCUGUCGGUGAUCCGAUCGGUGAAAAUGAAGUCACGCCAACCGGGUAUGCACACAUGACACAUAUGCUCAUGUCGCUUGCUGGUGGAAAAGUGGUGGCCUGUCUGGAAGGCGGUUACAAUCUCGAUGCAAUCAGUGCUUCAGCUCUUGCAGUCACACGCACACUGAUGGGGGAUCCACCGGCACGGUACACGGAAAGUAUGCUUCCAUCUCGUUCUGCACUGGAAAAUUGUCAUGCUGUAGCACUGGAGCAGAGCAAGUAUUGGCGGUGCAUGGGUCUUGGCCGGCCCUUCUACAAGAAGACAAAUGGCAGCGGCUCAACAGAAGUGCAUCUGCACGAUGUGGUGCGUUCUUACCAAACAACAACCUUGCGGCAGCAGUAUGGCUAUAUUCCACUACCGCUCCUCGAGGAUCGCGUUAGUGCUUCUUUUGCCAAUCAAGCCGUCUCAACACCUGAUUUCUACAAGAAACGCACCCUCGUCUUUUUCAUACACGAUGCACCAGAAGUUUGGCAAGAACCACAGGCUUUCACAAAUCAACACCAAGUCUCGUUGCAUCAAGCAGUCUUGCCAAAUGCGUUGCAGCAGUAUACCGAUUACUUUGCAAGCCGCGACUUUGGUGUAAUUGACGUCAAUGUCCCAGCGACACUGUCCGGCAUUGAUAUGAUGCCCAUCUCCUAUACUGUUGCAGAUGAAACGGCGCGUCUUGCACGCUAUAUUUGGGACAAUUACAUUGAGCUCGCUGAUGCUGAACACAUCGUCUUCUUGGCAACCGGUGAGAGUUGUUUGGGGAUUGUCUCGCUUAUUUCAACGAAAUCUGUCAAGCGGCGUGUCAAGGCUGUCAUCAAUGUGUAUGGCAGUUUGCCAUUGCGUCCACUGACGAGUGUGGAAGAUGCAUUGAUUGAGUGGUAUUACGCUCAUUCACUAUGCUUGACCACUGCCAACAAUGAAUGCUGGCAUGGACCCAAGAAGCCAAAGCGCAAGUUUGGCAAGGCAGUCAGGGGUGAGGGUCUGGUGAGAGAUACAUUACUGGCAGAAUCAUAUGAGCAAGUCAAGGCGUUUAUUGAAGAAGCCAUUGAGGAAGAGGAAGACGCAGGCGAGACGGAAGUGGAGGAACUUGUGUAGUAGGGACUCCAAAUAUCGGGAUACACGUCCGACUGCCUGUAUCUCGGUUGGAUACGACACAAACGACUGCGGCUUUAAUAUUUUCCGUGGGAUGUGAGCUUCUGUGAGAAGGACUGCGAGCCAUACAUGGCCCAUGGAUGCCUGUAGCUGCUAUACGCACAAUAGUAACAGUAGUAGAAGCAGACUAUGCUCCCCUCGGAAGAGUCCGGCAGCGCAGUGAGCAGUUCAGAUGGGCUGUCGCUGUGCACGUGAGAAAGUGUCGAGGACUCAACG